GUGAUGUGUUGGGGGUUAUUGAUUGAAAAGGAUUGUGGGGUUGUGUUCUCAAGAAUUGGGUUAUUUUGGAGUUUUAGAGAGGGGGUUGACUCUAUUGGGUGGGGUUUUGAAAUUUUGUCAGUUUCAGGUUCGGGACUGCUUAAAGGUUCAUAAUGGGGAUUGGAAAUUAGUGGGGAAGUAUUUAAAGUUUUAGCAUUAUUAGAAGAGGAAGUAAGAUUUUGUUCAAUAAAAUUUUGAGUUUUAAUAGGAAUUUGUUGUUGUUGAUCAAUUUCCAUUUUUGUAUGUUUUUCAUCAACUUCCAUUUCAAUGUCAAUUUGUUGCUGGUG